CACUGGGCUUUUCUUCUAUCAGUCAGUACUGGUAGAUUUGGGAUUAUUGAACAGUUACUGUGUGAACAAAUGAAACUUUUAAUUUGAAGCACGUCAGACCGGCAGCACUGAGCUCGCUAGCUGCUGAGAGAAAACCUCGUCAUUCCUCAUUUUUCAUCAUGUCGGACUGUUUGCAUCGCUGGUGUGUGGAGCAGUUAAACAGCCAGUUUGGUCUGGAAGCGAGUGAUGACAUUGUUCAGUACAUCCUGUCUAUCAGUGACAUAGAUGAGAUUAUAGAGUAUGUCGGAGAUCUUCUGCAGGGAACUGACGGGAAGAAGAAGGAGUUUCUCGAUGAGUUGCUGGUGAGAUGGCAACAUUGGCAGAAAGUUCGGGACAGAGAGCCAGAACUGAUUGCUAUGAGAACAGAGGGUCCAGACGCAGCAAAAGACACUCAGAAGAAAAAACGAAAAGGACGGAACAAGCAAGAGGUGGCCCUGAUCAGUCAGGCUGAACCUGAAGCAGAGGUUGUAAAAACUCCCAUCGACCUGAUGAAGGCACAGGAGAACAGUAGCUCUUCCUCCACUAAGAAGAAGAACAAAUUUGUGAAUUUAUAUGCCAAAGAGGGUCAGGAUAGACUUGCAGUUCUGCUGCCUGGGCGCCAUACCUGCGACUGCUUAGCCCAGAAACACAAAUUGAUUAAUAACUGCCUGACGUGUGGCUGGAUCGUGUGUGAGCAGGAGGGCUCUGGCCCCUGUUUCUUCUGUGGCAGUCUGGUGUGCACUGCAGAAGAGCAAGAGAUUUUGCAGCGAGACUCGAACAAAAGUCAGAAACUGCGUAAGAAGCUCAUGGGAGAUCAAGUGGCAUCUGAGGGGGAUAAAGAUUACCUGCCCCACCAGGAGACCAGGAUGAAGGCAGGCUUGGAAAAAGCUAUUCAGCACAAAGAUAAGCUGCUGGAGUUUGACAAGAACAGCGUUCGCCGAACUCAGGUGUUGGACGAUGAGUCCGAUUAUUUUGCCUCCGACUCCAAUCAGUGGCUCUCCACAAAGGAGCGCGAAACCCUGCGCAAACGGGAUGAGGAGCUCCGGGAGCUUCGUCAUGCCUCCCGCAAAGACCGUAAGAUCACGCUCGACUUCGCCGGGCGACGAGUUGUGGAGGAAGAAGAAAACCUGACUCAGUAUUACAACAAAUAUGACGAGACCCUCAAGGCCAUCAACACCGGGACACUCAUCCAAACCCCGAAGAGCUCUGCUCCAGGUAACCGCCAACACCUCAGGGAGCUCGUCAACCCGAAUAUUCAGCAAGCUGCUCCUCAGUGGGUGGAUGUAGGUGGGGGCGAUACCACUCGCAGGUCUAAGUCAGAAGGCAUUGAGCAGAAAGCGGAGCGCUCUAGACUGAGGAUUCAGGAUCGGGAGUUGCAGGAAAUGGUGGAUGGAGGCUGGUGUCUCAGCAUGCACCAGCCCUGGGCCUCACUUUUGACCUGUGGCAUAAAGAGAAUGGAGGGCAGGACAUGGUACACUUCCCACAGAGGGCGUCUGUGGAUUGCAGCCGCAGCCAAAAGACCCACACCUCAGGAAAUUGCACAAGUCGAGGCUAUGUAUCGUCAGAUCUAUAAACAAGAUCUGCAGUUUCCUAAAGACUAUCCUACAGGCUGCUUGCUUGGCUGUGUCAACAUGAUAGACUGCCUCUCCCAGGAGCAGUUCAGGGAGCAGUAUCCUCACAACAGCGACGAGUCCGCCUCUCCAUUCGUCUUCAUUUGCACCAACCCCCAGGAGCUGCUGGUGAAAUUCCCCAUGAAAGGGAAACACAAGAUCUGGAAGCUGGAGAGUCAGAUUCACCAAAGUGCCAAGCGGGGGUUAAUGCAGCCAGCGUGACCUCGACAAAGCCACAGAGCGCCCAAGCUUUCAGCCAACAGAAGAGCAGAGCCAGCAAUGUCACACUGCAGUGCCAUUCACCAAGGGGAGAAGUGAAAUCUCAAAGCGAAUAAUGACACUUUGUGUACUAUUUCUGAGGGUUUUUCUCCUCAUAAAACUACUAUUAAAACCAACUGAACGAUA